AUGGCCACGUUAUGGAUGAUGCCACACAGAGAAACUGCCAAGGACCAGUCCCUUCAGGGGGAUGAAGAGAAAGAGCCUCCGAAGAGCCACCCUUACUCUGUGGAGACCCCAUAUGGCUUUCAUUUGGACUUGGACUUCCUCAAAUAUGUGGAUGACAUUGAGAAGGGACACACCAUCAAAAGGAUUCCCAUCCACAGAAGAGCCAAGCAGGCCAAGUUUAGUACUCUACCCCGAAACUUCAGCCUCCCCAACAGUGGGGACCGCAUCCAUACUCUUCCUCUGCAGCAAAACUGGUCUCCUGUGGUACCCAGAAAGAUAUCCCUGGGAACCCAGGAGCAAUCCCAGUCGCUGCCGCUGGGUGAUCUCCCCCAGGCCUCAGUGUGUGGCAGUGAGCUGAGCUACCACAAGAAGGCCCUCUUGACCAAGGGUGCCAGGCAGGCGGAGGCUGGUUCUCUGGAGGAUGCAGGGAGUGGACGGCCCCAGCUGUUGAGAGCAUCCAGCAUGCCCGCUACUCUGCUGCAAAACCAGGCCCCGGAAGAGCCCAGCCUGACCUCUGGCCCGUCCACACGUCUUGCCCUCCCUCUGCUCCAGGAUGAAGGCAGGGUCUGUGAUGGUACCUUUGACCCCGCAGGAGGGGUCAUGGGUUUCCAAGCAGCAGCCCAGUCAACAGACAGAGAAUUGGGAGAACUGGAGUCAGCAUUUCCAGAGCCGGUCUGGGAGGGGGCUGAGCCAGAAGAAGGUGACAACAAGGCUUUAAGUCACCUCUCUCAGCCAGGCCCUCCCUCCGCAGUCCAGAAUGUCCCCAUGGAUCUAGAGGAAGUGGAAGUCCAGCACCAUAUUAGAAAAGCAGAGCUGGUGAUGUCACCUGGCUCCUCCACGCCCAGCCCACCCCCUCUGCCAUCCCCCAUCCCUGAGAAUGAGCUCUCCCUGGAGGAAAUUGAGCUCAGCAUCAGUGAGAUCCCACCCCCUCCACCCAUAGAAGUGGAUGUGAGGAGCAUCGGUAUCCGGGUAACAGAGGAAAGCCUGGGUCUGGUGGAGACAGACACCAGCAGUAUCUCCAGCCUGAAGAAUCAGGUCCUGGCCCUUGAGGACAAAUUGUCAGGGAGAACAGAAGAGCUUGCCCAGGUCAGAGCUGCCCUUGAGCAGCAGGAAGAGGAGACCAAGGCUAGGGAACAGAGGAUUCAGGAACUGGAGUGUACUGUAGCUCACUUAGAAAAAAAGCUUAGUCAAGAGAGGGCCCGCGGUGCUCUGGACACGGCUGAUGCCACGGUGAACACUGACCCGUUUCAUGAGCUCGUCCCCCGAGAGUCACAUGACAAGAACGUUGGGGUCAAUCUGCUGCACACUCCAGAUCCAGAAGGCUGGGCAUCGAGAGCUGAAAAGAAUGGCUUCCCAUGGGUCAAAAGUAACCACAAGCAAAGUCAUCAGAGCCCCGAAGAACCUGAACUGCCUUCCCACUUGUCACUGCCGAGGGGACCUGAACAGGUCCUCGCCUCAUCCCUAUGCAGCUGCCUCUCCAUGGAACUCCACAUCGAAGAGGAGGUUUCGGAGCAGGAGAGAGGCCCACAGGUGGGGGCUGGGGGCCUGGGCGGGGCCGCAGGAGACUCUUCCUGGAGCAGAAGAGACUCUGCUCCAGUGAUCAGGGAGGAAGCCAGCUCAGAACGCCCAGGGGCAGAGCGUCCGGGAAGGCCAGCGAGUUCCCCUCAAGAUGCCACAAUCGGGCAGUAUGUUAAGAAGAUCCAAGAACUCCUUCAUGAACAGUGGAACUGCCUCGAGCACGGAUACCCGGAGCUGGCCAGCGCCAUCAAGCAGCCAGCCUCCAAACUCAGCAGCAUCCAGAACCAGCUGCUCAGUUCCCUUAACCUGUUGCUCUCUGCCUACUCAGCUCAGGCCCCAGAGCCGAAGGAAAGCCCCGCCCCUCCCCACUCCGCCCCUCCCCACUCCACCCCUCCCCACUCCGCCCCUCCUCACUCCGCCCCUCCCCACUCUGCCCCUCCACGGCCUCCAGAGAUCUCUCCGUCGACCAGCCUUAAAUCCAUAAUGAAAAAGAAAGACUAUGGCUUCCGUGCAGGAGGUAAUGGGACCAAAAAGAACCUUCAGUUUGUUGGGGUUAACGGUGGCUAUGAGACCACGUCUAGCGAGGAGACCAGUGGGGAGGACAGUUCCCCUGAGGACUUGUCCGACAGUGAGACCGAGAAGAAACAGGAUUGCUCAGAGCCCAGGGAAGACAGAGACAUGCAUCCCAGCCGUGAGGCUGGGCAGGGAGUCCCUGAAGGCACCAGAAACUCAGGCCACACGAGUGCGCAUGGGCAGGAAGUGUCUCAUCUGAGGGCUGAGAGAUAUAAACCCUCAGAGGAAUUUCUUAACGCAUGCCAGGCGCUGAGCCAGCACCUGCCGGAACCUGGGGCCACCACCAAGCAGCUCCUGAGGCAAAGCUUGAGUACCAUCAGUCAGGAAUGGUUCCGUGUGUCCAGCCGGAAGUUCUCUAGCCCAGAGGCCGUGGCUGCCUACCUCCUGGAGGUCCAGCCUCACUCUCCACAUCUUCUGAAGCUCCUUGUCAACUUGGCUGACCGAAGUGGGAACACAGCCCUUCACUACAGUGUGUCGCACUCCAACUUCGCCAUCGUCAAGUUACUGCUGGACACAGGUGUCUGUAAUGUAGAUCGUCAGAACAAAGCUGGCUACACUGCUGUGAUGAUCACUCCCUUGGCUUCUGCAGAGACAAAAGAAGACAUGGCUGUUGUCUGGAAGCUCUUACGGGAAGGGAAUGUGAACAUACAAGCAACUCAGGGAGGCCAGACUGCAUUGAUGUUAGGAGUCAGCCACGACCGGGAAGACAUGGUCCAAGCACUGCUGAGUUGCCAGGCAGAUGUCAACCUGCAGGACCAUGAUGGAUCUUCCGCCCUCAUGCUGGCCUGCCACCAAGGCAACGCUGACCUGGUGCGACUGCUCCUGGCACACCCAGCCUGCAACAGCAGCCUGACUGACAAGGCUGGCCGCACAGCUCUGUCCAUCGUUUUGAAUUCACCUGCCCACGUGGAAAUCGCAGAGCUUCUUCGUGCCCACUCGGAGCAGGGCAGGUCCCUGGGGAUGAAGGAGCCGCAGAAGAAUUAGCAGCCAGGAACAAAAGGUUCCUUUUCUGGACUCCCCCCCUUGCCCUUAGAGAGGGCCGGGGGUCAUAGCCAGAGGGCCACCAUUCAAGACAGAAACUAUGUCAAAUAUGCACAAUACAUUCCCGUCCUAUAAUUCUGCUCAUUAGGAUGCUUGGUAGUGUUUUGCUGUAGGCCAAGCCCCCCCCCAAAGUACCUGGGGUUCAGAGCAGGGUGCAAGGUGCAGAGUGCAGGCUGCAGUGGAGUCCUCCAGAAAUCCAGAACACCUCCAGCUUUGAAUUCCUCGUGACAUUAUCUCUGCAGUCCUGUGUAGCAAGCACAUAGGUCAGGGCACACUCGCACCGUAGAAAAAGCAAUACUUUUUACAUGGAGUUUUAAAGUGCACUGUCCUUUUGUUUUUAAUCAGGUAUGUAUACAAAUGUGUCCCAGUGACUACACAUGUCUAGAGAGAAUGGCAGAGGAAUCUAAAUUCAGGCAAAGCAGGACUAACCCCAGUGAUGUCACUGCCAGGGUGUGGCACUUAUGACUUCCCCAGGGUCUCCCAUUCCCUCCAUGGAAGUAAGCAGAAAACCAACCCAAUGGUUCAUACUAGAUGCAUGCUUGGUAGAGUCCAGUUAUUUCACCUGUUCCCAGCCUAUGAGAGAAGCAAAUGAAUUGCCCAUCUUCUUGCUGGGAAUGAGUUACCGUAGAAGUCAACAUCGUUCACCCGUCUCCGGAAGCACAGAGCCCAUAUAAGCAGGUAGGUACCAGCUCGGAGAACUUCCUGGCUCCUUGCACAAACAUCCAGCCCAGGCUGCAGUAGCUGCCAGCCAGGGCAGGAGAGAGCUUUCUCUCAACUGACAUCUCUCCCAGGGAUACUUCUUCCUGAGUGUCCAUAUCCCCUGGGUCCUGCACAUGAAAGGCUCAUAAUCACAGCUCUGAAAGUCUCAUGCAAACAUAUAUAUAUAUAUAUUUGUGUGUGUGUGUGUGUGUAUGUGUGUGUGUGUGUGUGUAAAAUUGGUGAUCUGAACACUGAAAACGCUAAAAACGCUAAAGCAAGAAUUCACAUUUGGUCUGGGAUGCCUAUUUGCUUGGUACCCCUCUGCUGAGUCACAAAACCUUCAUGGGUAGCAAUUUCAUCAUCCCCAAAGUGGAAGUGAUCAUACAACCUACCUCUGGGAGUCUCCGUGAAGAAACAGCUUGUAAACAUUUUAGAAUCAGAUGACAACCCAGAAAGGCUGUCUUCAGAAAUUCUGCAGCGAAGUCCUUCCCACAGCAUGAGAUGCCCAACACACCCCCCACUCUCCCACCCCCCUACCCCCGGUGUGGAUGCUGCUUUGAAAUGGAAAGAAUGGCAAAACAGAUGAGCUUGAAAAAAAGCUUUAAGAGGAUUUAUUCCAAUGUCAAGAUGCAAAUGUAACAGCAAACACAUACUUCAAUAAAUGUUAGCUCCGUGCUUUGCAAAGGUUAAUGCGUAUCCAGCCCCAGGGAUCUUGCUAUGCAGCAGGUCUGAACUGAGGCCUGAGUUUCCAUGUGUCUAACUGGGCCCAGGGGGUGCUAGGCCUCAGCCAUG